AUGCUAAUUUCACGACCUAUUGUGGCCCAAUGUCUACGACUACGGUGGGAAUUGCGCGCUUUGUGCCAUUCCCGACUGCUACACAGAUUCGGCAAGGGAGCAAGCUUUAUAAGAUUCAGACCCUCAAACCCUCCGCCUUCGCAAAAACCGUCACUGCUUGAAGAAUUGUUCCCAGAGGACGUCCAAAGGGAUGGCAACCGAGAUCCCAGACUUCACGACGAUGUUCAAAACCUGCCUCGUUUACCGUUGCCCGAGGUCGACGAUGCAUUAGGAGGAAUCGGCCAUGAGUCUGAUAGCGAGAGAGCGCAACCCAAGAGAGUGGCAAAAGCAGCAGCUGCAAAGGUUUUUCGGCACCAGCAAAUCGCAGUUCUUUGGCUCGAUACAGGCAGCAAGUCACUUAUCGAAAGCGACUUCCGACGGAUCGCACCCAAGGGGCAACACAUUGACGAUUGGACUGGUCCCGGCGAUAUCCUGAAAAUCAUUCCUUUGCGAGACCCCACGACGUUGGAAUCAGCAGGUCGCUACUUCAUACUAUUCCCCAAUCCCGCGUACGCUCGAACCUAUCAGAACCAUGUCAUUCGCCUACAUCGAAUAGCCAAAACCCAUACGCCAACAUCUAUUGAGUCACCAUUGCCGUUGCAGCCAGGGGUGGUUAUCGAAGGUGAAGAUGUCUACACGUUGCUACAGGACUACUCUCUUUGCCCACCAUCUCAAAGAAUUCAGCUUAGGCUACUCUUCCCGUCAUAUUCUGCUCGUAUAAAGCAAGUGUUGGAUCAGCGUGGGUACCGUCCGCUCUUAGGGGAGACGAACAAAACAGGGAGAUCUGUGUUAUUCUCGGUUGACGGACAGCAAUUGCCUACUUCUGUGAUCAGGAACACAAUAGCCGCUGAUGGACGCGAUCGGGGCUUGGCAUGGGACAUAUCCAUCGAUAGGCUGGACACUUCUAGAAGCGCAGCGGAUGGCUUCGAGGGUUCGACGAGCACCGAGACAGAUGAAUUUGCAGAAUUGGGUGCUCGGCGUCAUACUCCCGCUAGGUGGGUCAUGUCAUUUUCGAACGAAAACGAGGCAAGGAGGUUCAUAAGGGCGUGGCAUCGGCGACCUUUUCCGCCAGCACGGGCUGAUGACCCUGCACUUGUCCAAGCAGAGUUCAUCUGGUAA